CCGCAAAAGACACUUUAAUAUGUUGAAGUCUACAAAGACACGCAAGUGUUGUCUUUAGUGUUCUGUUCAACAUACUCAGCUUCAUCAUGACCGGCAACUUAUUUGUACUCAUAUGUUUCUUUUAUGAGAUUCAAGUACAAGCAUCUCCUCCUCAACCUAAACUGAUAAUAAAUAAAGCAGCAAUCUACGAAACAGACUCUGUCACACUGAACUGUAUGGCUCCAUCAUCUGUAUCUCAGUGUUAUUACAAAUUUGGAGAGACAGUCAGGAUCCUGUCUUGUCUGCACACUCUGACAGGAAGUGACCUACUGUUGAUGUCUCAUCAGAGUUCACCUGCAGUGAUCAAAGUAACCUGUUUUUACACUGAAAAGCUUGGUGAUAUAAAGUCCCCAUCUCCAUACAGUGACCCAUCCUCCAUUGCCAUAAACAUUCCUGGAAAACCAGAGUUGAGUCUCCAUCAUUCUCCUGGUGAUUCUGUCAUCUUCACCUGCUCUCUGCCUGGAUCUGCUCAUCAUGACACCACAUGUAACCUGUACCUUGGAGAAGCAAGACAUCCAGUUGAAACAACAAAAGUGAAGAGUAAAACAAACUCAAAGAAACAGUCAUUCUGCCAGUUUUUUCUCACAGUGGAUGAUUUGCUGAGGUGGCUGUGUUCAGUUCAACAAAAGGAUGCCAGCUGUGAUCACACAUUAGGAAGUGGACCCAACUAUUUGUCUCCUCGUAGUGAUGGAUACAGCUUGAAGGAUUUUCUGGAAGAAGAGACAAGGAUGACCUCAACUUUGCCUGCAUGCACUGUGACCACAGAGCUGAAUGUUGACGGGUCUGUUACUUCAACCCCUGUUACCACAACAAAACACACAUCAGCUCCAACUAUUGGAACCACAAGUAACAUUAUCUCCACCCUUGGGACAUCAGUGACACCAACCUCAGGUUUGCCAGCAGAUAGUCAAAUAGUAGCUGAUGUUCCUGUCUCUACUUCUCUAACACCUGCUCAAAAAACACCAGGUUUGCCGACAGAUAGUCCACCAGUAGCUGUUGCUUCUGUCUCUACUUCUCUAACACCUGCUCAGACAACACCAGACAGACCACCUCCUGUCUCUACUACACCUGCUCAGCCAACACCAGAAACAUGGAAGUGGGUAGUGACCAGUUUAGGAGUUGCUGUGGGUGUUAUUGUGCUGGGAGUGGCACUUCUUUGUACCAAAAGAAGAACUGAGAGAUGUCUGAAUAAGAGAGGACAAGAAAAUGUCACUGAGGACUCCAUGUACAUGGGCAAUAGUGACCACAGGGGAUUGUCCUCUGCUGUCAGUGAUCAAGCCUACUGCAUGAUUACAUCAGUGCCUAAUGCUGUCUGUCUGACUGCAGGACCUGAAAAACUGAACAAGGAAGAGCCCCAAAAUAGAGAUUCUGCUGUGUACCAUGUUUACUCCACCAUCCCUGAAGACCGACCUCCAUCAACCCUGAAGGACAUGGUGUACAGCACCCUGCAGGCAUAUUAACACCCACAUGUUUUCACUGCACAGAGAAACAGCCUGAUGAAUUGUUUUCAAACCUUAGUGACAUUUGAAAAUUUUAUUUUAAUGUGUAUAUUAUUACAAAAUAGAGAAGGACACUGAUGAAUGGAAUGCAUUAUGUAUGUCUGUUUACAUCCUUCUAUCUAGAAUGACAGCGUGUUUAUUAUUUGUGUAGUUAAGCAUACCCGCUGUACAUUAUACCCUAAAUGUGAAAAGGUUUGUCAGGUACACUGCUAGCCCUGCCAGCCACCCUGAGAGCGGCUCCAACAGUAAACACUUUCAAAAGCAAGCUGGAAACCUUACUCUUUGCAUCAAUUUAUGGAUAGAUCUUAUUGCUUGUUCUACAGUGUGGCUGUACGUGUGUGUUUGUGUGUGUGUGUGGGGGGGGUUGUGUAUUGUAGGUAUACGCUUGUACGCUUUAAUCUGUGUGGUGAAUGUGUGAUAUGUCUGUUGUACUUAUUUGACUUCCUGCCUUCUUUUUUCUUCUGUACUUUUGUUUAUAACUUGCCUAUGAUUGUGAAGCACAUUGAGUUGCCUUGUG